GGCGCGUGGCGCCCUCGCUCUCUUGGGGUGGAGUACGACGAUGCUGCUGGAUUCACUCAAGCCCCAGAACUGAACCUCUACCUUAGUCAAUCCUCUUUGUGAUAAGGGCCUGGGGGUGUUAAGGGUGGAUUCUGGAAAUAUGGCUGUCGAGGAAAAUAAAAAUUUUAAGGACAGAGGAACCAUCGUCGAAAUAAAACUGGAGAACUUUAUUACUUAUAGAAAUGCUGUUAUUUAUCCUGGUCGACACUUGAACGUGAUAAUCGGUCCCAAUGGCACGGGAAAAUCAACGAUUGCAACUGCACUAGCCCUGGGUUUCGGUGGAACCCCAAAAUUAAUAGGAAAACCCGAAAUGCCAGUGGGUGCUACUGUCAAAAAUGACUGUCAAAAAGCGAGGAUUGACAUUGUGGUCAGACACACUCCCACAGCGAACAUGACCUUCACGAGAACAAUUGAUCGUCAAAGCAAGUCUAAUUACUUUAUCAACGAUAAUUCUAUUGCAGUUUCGAAAUUCAAGGAGAAGGUGAAGGAAUUUCGUAUCCAGGUGGACAACCUGACGCAAUUCCUCCCCCAAGAGAACAUCAAGGGUUUCUCAGAGCUCACAGGUAAGCAAUUGCUACUGAACACAGAGCGCUCUAUUUCCGACACAACCCUGGAGACCCACCACACCACCCUGAAAGACAACAGGGCUCGUCAAAAGGUCCUGGAGGCUGACAUCAGAAAGCGCAGCGAACGCCUGGCAGUCUCAGAGCAGCAUUACACCACCCUCUCCGAGGAGGUGCAGCAAUUCAAAGAGCGCAAGAAUUUGAAAAAAAAAUUGGCAGCCCUGAAGCAAAAACGCGCCUGGAUCAGGUACGACAUUCAGCGAACAGAGCUGUUGGAGGCGAAAAAGCGUCGUGACGAUGCAGCCCGAGAGAUGAAAACCUGCGACGACCGUCUUGCCCCAAUAGAUGAUGCCAUAAGAACUCUCCAAUCAGAAUUGAAAACCCUCGACAGAAAAUUUGUACAGACUACCACAAAAAUGAGAGACUUUAACAAAAAUUUCAAGAAGUACCUCGACGACAUUGACGAUUUGAAUCACAUGAUAAAAAUGGAGGAGCAGAAGUGCGUAUCAGAAAUUGAGAAUGAGAAAAAACGAGACGACAAGAUCAACGCCCAGCGUAAGCUCAGCGAGAAGUUUGAGAAUGACAUGGUGACCCUGGAGGAGGAGUUUGGAGCUGAGAACGAUUUACGCAGGCGGAUGGACGAGUUGACACCCCAGAUUGAGUUCCACAGGUCGAUGAUUAUACGUCUCUCCGAGGAAUCAAAUAUGAAAAAAACAGAAAUAGAGCAGAUGACCUAUCAGAUAAAUAAUUUGAGACAAGAGCAGCAGGCCUUGAAGGACAUUGAGUUAAAACGCAUGGAACUCCUCAUGCGGAGGAGCAAGGACGCCCACGCAGGGGUCAUAUGGCUCCGUCAGAAUCAACACCUCUUCAGGAAGAGGGUCUGGGAGCCGAUGAUGCUGCAUAUCCAUGUGAAGGACAGUAAGUAUUCAAAGUUCUUUGAGAACAUCAUUGCCUGGAAGGACCUGGUGGCGUUUGUCUGUGAGGAUAAGGACGACAUGGGUCUCCUUCUGAAUCACUUGAGAACUCGUCAGAAGUUGAAAGUCAAUGCUGUCUACUCUGAUAUUUUUAAACCAGUCACUAUGACCCCGAGGGUGUCUCUGAACGAAAUAAAACGAUUGGGUUUCACUCAUUACUUGAUCGAUCUCAUUGAAGCCCCAGAUCCCAUUCUCAAGUGGAUCGUUAGCAUGUAUCACCUUCAGAAUAUUCCCAUAGGCACUAAUAGAGUCGACGAGACUUUCGACCAGGUGCCACCAUCGUUCUUCACGUUCUUUAGCUUUAACAAGAAUUUUCAUAUCUCAAUGUCCAAGUACUCGAAGCAAAGAUCAACGAGUAUCAGAGGAGUCAUGUCAACGGGGACUCUGUCGUUGAAUCUCGAUUCAGUGAAGGUAAAUGAGAUCGAGGGAAAGAUUGGGCGUCUCACUCAGAUGAAGGAUGUGUCCCUGAAGCACUUCGAAGAACUCCAGGAGAAGAUCACCCAGCAGAAGAUUAUUCUGGAGGAGUUCAGGGAGAAGAGGGCAACGUUGGCAUCUCAUUACGCCAGAAUUCAGAACACUGGUUUGAAGAUGGCAGAGGCGGAGAGGAAACUUCUUCAGCUGGAGGCUGAGAGGACCGAUAUCGAGGACAUAAAAAAAAAGAGGGAUGGAGCAAUUAAAAAUCUGGUGAGAAAGCAAAUGAAUGUGUAUGGGAAGAUCAAUGAGUCCAGUCAGGAGAUUUUUCGUGUAGCGAAGAUUUGUGAGUCCAUUGAGCUGCAGGUGCAGGAGAAGAAUUCCAGGAUUUCGGAGAAGCAGAGAGAGUCCAGGGAGCUCAGGGUACAGGCCAGGGAAGCUGAGAGGGUUUACAAGGAUCUCGAUGCUGCCAUGGUCGAGAUGAAUAGUAAAACGAGAGAACUUCAGGGAAUUGCGAGGGAUUUGACUGGGGGUGUUACACCUCACGACAAGGAAGCCUUCAAGCAUUACAAUGCUGCUUUUGCGAGACUCCCACCGGAUAUACCUGGAAUUGAUGAGCUCAUGGAGAACACUCGGGUGAGAAUUUAUGUGUCGAAGGACAAUCCUGAUGCUGAGAACAGGAUAAAGGAGUACGAGACGCUUGGGGCACAAAUAGAGACCUACAAGACCGAGUUGGAGGCCAUGAACGAGGAGUUGACCAUCAAUCAAGAGGAGACUGAGAGGAUCAAACAGAUGUGGCUGCCUCCUCUUCAGGCACUGGUAAAUAGAAUUCGUGGAAAUUUUUCAGGGUAUUUGGAGAAACUUGGGUGCGCUGGAGAUGUCGCACUCGUUCAUGGAGACAAUCCUAAUGACUUUGAGGAUUAUGCACUGAAGAUCAUGGUGAAGUUCAGAGAUAAUGAACCUCUUCAGGAAUUCGCGAAGAACAGGCAGAGUGGAGGUGAAACCUCUCUGACAACUGCUAUGUUUAUGCUUGCCCUUCAGGAUAUGUCUCAGGUACCUUUCAGGUGCGUUGAUGAGAUUAAUCAGGGGAUGGAUGCCACUAAUGACAGGAAAGUCUUCGAGCACAUCAUGAAUAUCACUGCGAAGGGAAAUAGUUCGCAGUAUUUUUUGCUCACACCAAAAUUACUUCCAAAUCUUCCUUACAAUGAGAGUGUAACAAUACUCUGUGUUUUUAAUGGACCUGGGGUUAUUCCACAUAAUGACUGGACCAUUCAGAAGUACUUGGAGAAGUUGAGGGCGAGGAAAAGGCUCAGGAAAUAGAACCUAGUUUUAUUCCGAACGUUCUAAGGAUUAAAUUGUUUCAGGUAUAAAUUUAUUUUUUUAAGUGAGCCCAAAGCGAUUCGUGGGAGAUAAUAUAUUAUUUUUAUGGUAAUAUAGUAUAAUAUAAUAUCUUGAAAGUACCAUUCCUGAGAAAGAGAGGAAGGUACAUAAAAGUUCGUGAGAAUUAAUCCCUCAAUAUAGUACAAAAAACCAAGGAAAUUCCAAAGUCACGUGACACGUACCCUUGUAUUUUCAUACUUAAAGUUGAAU